AAGCAAAAUUAAAUACGUUGCGUUCCGCUGGCAAUUGAAAUCCUCCACCUCUGCUCCACAAACCCGGGAAAAAAUAUUGCCUCAUCGAAAAACGGAAAUUACAUAACACUUUCUCUCAGAAAUCGCCACCACAACACAACACCAAUCCACGGUUCCCGCCAAAACCGAUGCUAGGGUUCACUCUUCCGUUUCAGCUUCGAUGCUGCCAACACCUUUCCCAGCAACCGCCCCUUCCCAGCCCGAUUUCGCCCAAGCCAUUCUACCCGCCCGUCGUUCCCUCUGUCCCUCGGCCCCGAAUCGGCCCCGGUCUGCGCGCCAGUUUCCCAGUCUUGUCCGGUUCGGUUUUCCCGGAGGAUGAGCCGGACGUGGAGCUGGGGCGGCUGCUCUCUCUGCUUCCGGAGGAGAUGCGGCGUCGCGUGAGUGACCACGCGGAGCUGCCGCAGCUUAUUGAGGUUGUGAUGGAUUUGGGCCGGAAACCGCUCGCGAGGUUUCCCUCCGGGGAUUUCGUGAUAUCGGAGUAUCCUAUCACGGUUCAGGAUAUCGAACACGCCACUGCUCAGGUUGGUGACUUUGCUAUUGAUAAUCGAGCAGGAAUCAGCAGAACAUUGCAUCGAAUUAGUGCUAUCAGAAAUCGCAAGGGCACAAUUAUUGGUCUAACUUGUCGAGCUGGCAGGGCAAUUUCAGGGAGUGCUAUGUUGUUGCAAGAUUUGAUUAAGGAUGGGGCUUCUUUGUUGUUGAUUGGACCUCCAGGAGUAGGCAAAACUACAAUUAUUAGGGAAAUUGCUAGGAUGCUGGCAAAUGAUUACAAGAAACGGGUGAUGAUUGUGGACACCUCCAACGAAAUCGGGGGUGAUGGUGAUAUACCUCAUGCUGGAAUAGGCAAUGCUCGACGAAUGCAAGUUCCCAACUCUGAUGCGCAACAUAAGGUAUUGAUAGAAGCAGUUGAAAAUCAUAUGCCACAAGUUAUUGUAAUUGAUGAGAUUGGUACAAAACAUGAAGCAAUGGCUGCAAGCACAAUUGCACAACGUGGGAUUCAGCUUGUUGCCACUGCUCAUGGAAUCACAAUUGAGAAUCUUAUAAUGAAUCCUUCCUUAGAGAUGCUUGUUGGAGGGAUACAGAGCGUGACACUCGGGGAUGAAGAGGCCAGUCGCAGGGGUGUUCAGAAGACUGUAUUGGAGAGGAAAGGCCCAUCUACAUUUAGUUGUGGAGUGGAGAUUAUUUCAAAGACAGAAUUGCGUAUUCAUCGUAGCCUUGAAGCAACUGUAGAUGCUAUUCUUUCUGGUCGUUUUCCAAAUGUAGAAAUACGGAAAAUGAAGUCUCAAGAGCAGGAAGAGAUUUUAGACGAUGGACCUAUUAGUGACAGUUCUCUUCAAAAAAAUUGUGAAAUUAUGUUUGAAGAAGUUACGAAGGGAGCUGAUGAUCAAACCAGCCAAAAUGAAUCACUUUUGAAGUUGCAUGCUGACUUGGUAGAAGAUUCCUGGGACCAUAAAUCGCCACUUGGCCUGUUUUGUUAUGGGGUAAGACGUUCUUAUCCAAUAGCCAAAACCCUACCACAAAUACAUGGAGUAAACGUUGAUAUUAACCGAAAGUUUACUCUUGUUUUAUUUGCUUACUUGUUGUGUGCUUCUUAAUUCUCUUGAUGCUAUUAUAUGUUUUGAUACAGUAAUACAUGAAAAGGAUUAAACUGUAUGAGAGAAAAGAUUUUAUUGAAUUGAUUCAACGAAAAAGUACAUUAGUCUCUAUAUAUAGAGAACUCUAACCCUAAAGUAAUGAUUCCAAAGAGAUUUUUAGAAUCUUCCAAUAGUACCCUUGUAAUUAAUUACAAUAUGUCAAUAUCCUAUUGUAGCUUACAAAAGAUAUUUUCUCUUGAAUUAACACUCCUCGUCAAGCUAUCGAAUGGAUGAUCAUUCAAUAGGAAGACUUUUUGUGAACAACUAUUUUAAUUAAAGCCCCAAUGAGACAUAAAGCAAUGAUAAGGCCACCAUCUAGUUUUUCUUUAAUAAAGUGUUGGUCUAUCUCUAUGUGCCUAGUCUCAACAUUCUGAACUUGAUUGUGAACAAUCUUAGUAGUUGAUUUAUUAUCAGAAUAAAGAGUCAGACUCUUCAUUUGUCACUUUAUUCAUAAUAAUUCUCCGAGCCAUUGCAAUUCGCUCACUCCAUGUGCAUAGCUUGGAAUUUAGCCUCUGCAUAAGAUCUUACAACAAUAUUUAGUUUUUCUACAUUUCCAAGUCAACAGAUUUCCACCCUAGAACAUGGAAUAUCUUGAGGUGGAUAUCCUAUCUAUAGUAGACCCUGCAUAAUCUGCACAGUUUACACUUCCAUUUUUAACUUUUCAUUCCUCUUGAACAACAAUCCCCUUCUUGGAUUUGUCUUCAAACAUUGAAGGAUUAUAUUCACAGCCUGUAAAUGUCUCAAUUGAAUAAUGCAUGCACUAACUAUACUCACAAUAUAAGAUAUGUCAGAUCUAGUGUAUUCUAAGUAAAUGAGCUUGCCCAUAAGUUUCUGUUGAAAUA